UUCGGGCCCAAUUUAAUGCUCGCAUCGUGAACAACUAUUUGUCUGGAAACAUUGUACCGAAACCUUCAGUUGAAGAAUUGAUAGAAACAGCACGCUUACCUACACGCCCUGACAGCCCAGAGAUAAGUCAUAUAUCACCUGUGUACUUUAAAAUAUUUUGGAUAAGAGGGAGAACACUGCGAAUCAAUACCAAAAACAGAGCAAAGUCAAACCUUGAAAGAUCAAUCGAUGAUUUGAAAGAGGCGAUUGUAUUAUUCACUAAUCAUAUAUAUCUGUGUCCAAAUGACUUUUAUGGGUGGUAUGAUCUUGCUCUAUGCUUCUCACAACUCGCAGAAGAAAUCCUGGUAUACAGUACUGCCAGACUUCCGUCGUAUAAGAAUGAGAUUGCUCAAUAUCAAAAGAAAGCUUUCUUAGCCUUUGUGAGAGCAUGGUACCUUGCAAACGAAUAUAAUCUCAAAUUUUCCGAUUCGACAUUAUUUGAACUCUAUGCCCACUUUGGGGAAUUAGUUUUCAGUAUGACUGGGUCUCCGAUGAAUAUGGAAGCAUUCAAGACCACAAGUGUUUCGAGAUUCACGUUGGCUGAUGGAAAAGUUCGGAUUGUUGCAGAUCCUGAAAUGGGAAAAAAACUAGCAUACAAACUGGUAAUCAAAUUGUUUUCCAAAGCACUCAAAUACGAUUCACCGGACGACUCACACUGGAAGUUUAGCAUGCAUGAUAGUGAUUAUAUUUCAUAUGAUGAUAUCACCAUAAUAUGGGAUACAUCAGUGGAUUAUUAUAAGCAUAAUUAUAACUCAUAA